CGUCGGGGUGGGCCGCACGGGCUGCUUCAUCGACGCCAUGCUGGAGCGCCUCAAGCCAGAGAAGACGGUGGACGUGUAUAACCACAUGAUGCUCAUUCGGUCCCAGUGCAACUACAUGGUGCAGACAGAGGACCAGUACAGCUUUAUCCACGAGGCCCUGCUGGAGGCCGUGGGCUGCGGCAACACGGAGGUGCCCGCCCGCAGCCUCUACGCCUACAUCCAGAAGCUGGCCCAGGUGGAGCCCGGCGAGCACGUCACCGGCAUGGAGCUCGAGUUCAAGCGGCUGGCCAACUCCAAAGCCCACACAUCCCGCUUCAUCAGUGCCAACCUGCCUUGUAACAAGUUCAAGAACCGCCUGGUCAACAUCAUGCCGUACGAGAGCAUGUGGGUCUGCCUGCAGCCCAUCUGGGGCAUGGAGGGCUCCGACUACAUCAAUGCCAGCUUUAUCGAUGGCUACAGGCAGCAGAAGACCUACAUCGCCACGCAGGGGCCGCGGGUCUGCCUGCAGCCUAUCCGGGGCGUGGAGGGCUCCGACUACAUCAACGCCAGCUUCAUCGAUGGCUACAGGUACCCGCCUGUGCCUGGCAACACCGGGCCCCAGAGGGUCCCAGCCUGGUCCCCAGGGGCCUCCGUUCUCGCUUGGGAGUCGAAGCGGCACAGACACUGCCCGCCUCGCCAGGCACAGCUGAGGCGGAGGGAGGGCGUCAUCCAGGCUGUUGGCUGCCGUCCAUAA